AUGACAAAUAGAAGAAGAAGCGCCAAGGGAAGGACCGCAGCUACUAAAAAAUCUGAAAGUCCUCACAAAUAUUCUAGAAAACUAACUAGAAGAAGUAAAAGAAGCAAAAAAUCAGAGUCUCCAGAAAGGGCAGAAGUUGAUUCCGAUUAUUCUGGUGAUGAGCAAUCUGAGAAUUUAGGAAAGCUUAAAAAACCAGAUAAGAAUGAGGCAUGCAAUUAUAUAUUUGAAAAUGAAAAUUUUAAAGAUGGUACUUCCCAACUCGAGUCUCAGAAAGGAAUUGAAGAUCAAAGAUCCAUAUUAAAGGAAGAGGAAUCAGGUGGUUCUGAUGGAUCAUGGAAAGUAAAAAGUGAAAAUGGUGGAAGUGGAGGCAUACCUAAACUGAAAUUAUGUUUGACAAGGCCUCCUGAAAUGUCAUCUCCUACAUCUACUUCUGAUCAAAAUCCAAGUCCUCGAAGGAAGAGAAGAGGAAGGAACAUCACUCCUUCAAAAGAAGAAGAACAAGUUGAUGAAAAUGUUGUAGAGGAAUGUUCUAAAAGAGUUACUCGAAAUCAAAAAUUUAGAGAAAUUCAAGAAGCAGAGAUGAUUAAUGCAGAGAAAAAUUUCCUCGAAUCACAAGCAAAGGUUUCAACUGAACUCAAGCAGCCAGUAAAGGUUGAAUUAGAACCUAAAAAGGAAACAGAUGAAACUUAUAGUUUCAGACAAAAUGUAGAAGAUGAUGAAACACGAAUGGCAGUUGAAUCUAUAUCAGUUGCUGAAUUUAAUGAAAAAAAAGAGAGUAGUGGGCCGAAAGAUGAUGAUUCUGAAGAAAAUAAAAAAGAAAAUGAUCAGAUUGUAUCUCAUAUUGAUCACACUCCUCAGGAGGUAUUAACUACUGAUAAACAGCAUACUGUAGAUACUCCAACUGAAAAUGACCAAGGUAAAGAAGAGUUAAUUCUGCAUACAAGUGAACAGGAAACAUUGAAUUCAUCAAAAGAACCUGAAGUAGAAAAGCAACCUGAAUUAAAACCAGAAGAUAGUAUAAAUCAAGAAACCAUUAUUGAAUCUAAGUGUGAUGAGAAAUCUAUACUAAAUUCCAAAAAUGAAACAAAAAUUGAAGCUGAAAACAGUGUUCAAAACGACAUAAAGGAAACGCCUAAAAUUAUAGAAGAUAACGAAUCAAAAACCGAAGUUGAAGAGAAGGCAGAUUCUGUACCAGAAUCAAUCCCUGCUCAAAAGAAAAGAUCACCAUCAAGAGAUUCAUCCGAAGAAAGGGCUAAAGAAGCAGCGUUACUUUCAAGGAACAAAAAUAAGAAAAAAGGGCCAGAAAAAGAAGAAGUGGAAGCAGAAGAAGGAGAAAAAUCAUCAACUACACAGAAUGCAAAGGUUGAAAAUAAUGCUAAAGCGGAGAUUCAGAAUGAAACAAAAAUUUCUACUAAAAAUGUAGUAACCACUGAAAAAAAUCACAAGGAUAAUUUUGAAGAAAAUACUACAAUAAAAUCAGGUGCUAGGAAGCGGAGAUGGGGUUCCAGUACCAACAAAACUAGUAAGAAAGCAUCAGUAUCUAUAUCAACUGAUUUUCUCAAAGAAAUUAUUCCAGAAGUUAAGCCGCUUUUACUAAGUGAAGUUCAGUUGUCGCCUAACGAAGAAGAUGAAGAAGGUCAAUUAAAGGACAGCGAUGAAAAUGUACCAACAGGUACGAAAAAAGUUGAAAGAGAAAAAAUGAUUCAAAGUGACGAAAGUGAAAAGGAUUACGAAGAAGAUGCAGUUGAAAGUGGAUUAGAUGAAGUAACUCAAGCAGAAGUUAGUCAACCAGCUCCUCCUUCAAAAGAAAAAGAAUUCACGACAUUCACAAGAAAAGUUUCUGUCUUGCCUUCAAAAGAAAAAUUGCAAAAAUCUCCCAGUCCUCCAAGGCAUAAGCCCUCGAAUAUUCUUUACAUUGUUAAUUUGGUUCGACCUUUUACCAUUCCUCAAUUAAGGGAAUUGUUAGCCAGAACCGGGACUAUCGUGGAAGAUGGAUUUUGGAUUGAUAAAAUUAAAUCAAAAUGCUACGUAAAGUACGAAACAGAAGAACAGGCUAAAACUACAAGGCAUGCUCUUCAUGGCGUACGAUGGCCUGUGUCGAAUCCGAAGCAGCUAAACGUUGAUUUUGGUACGGAUGCAGCUCUAAAGGCAGCGAUGGAAGGCAACGAAAUUGCUUCUAAACGACCCAUUCCUAGCUUAUUUGAUAAGCAAAUCGAGUUGAAAACCAAUGAGAAAAUAAGAGAUAGAGAUAAGGAGAAAAUAAAUGAAAAGCGAGAGAAAAACGAAAAAGACAAAAAAGAGCGUAAAUUUUCUCGACACCGUGAUGAUAGAUAUGAAAGAAAGAUAGAAUAUGACAGAGAGAAAAGAGAUGAUUAUGAUGAUAAAAGAAGACGAGACAAAGAUAGAAAUCGCAGGAGUACAUCUGCAGAACCUUCCCGAAAAACAAAGAAAAAAAAUGAAGAAGAAACUCCGGUUAAACUUUUGGAUGAUUUAUUUCGUAAAACAAAAGCCACUCCUUGCAUCUAUUGGUUACCUCUCACGCCGGAACAGAUCUCAGUCAAGGAAGAAAUGCGACGUAAACAUAUGGCAGAGCAUGAAAAAAAGGUAGCAGAAUUAAGAAAAAUGCAAAGGGAACAAAACAAAAGGAAUUGUGACAAAAGACGGCGUAGAACAAAGUCUCGCUCUAGAAGUAGGAGUGUUAAAAAAUGA